CUGAGUGUCAACUGAGAACUUACACUGUUGCAGUUAACCUUCAAAGACAGCAGCGCAUUGACACUGGGGUUAGUAGGAUCUAGGGAAGACGUUACCCCGAUAAUCUACAUCCUUCAGGGCCCACCAUCUAAAAUCAGAAUGGAGGGUCAAGUUGAAAAAACACAGAGCUGUGGGACAAUUUGUCUGAAAUAUCUACUUUUUCUCUUUAACAUUCUCUUUUGGCUUGCAGGAGGGGCUGUCCUGGCAGUGGGCAUGUGGACUCUGGUGGAAAAGAGCGACUACAUCAGUUUACUAAACUCCAGCUUCUACUCAGCCUCAGCUUAUAUCCUGAUAGCUGCUGGGGUCAUUGUGAUAGUGACCGGGAUAAUCGGGUGCUGUGCCACUCUGAAGGAGAUGAAGAGUCUUUUGAUUGUGUAUUUGAUCUUGUUGCUCUGUAUUUUUCUGCUGGAAAUCAUUGCUGGUGUGCUGGCCUACAUUACCUACCAAGAGCUGGAUGAGGAGCUCAGACAGAACUUGAAGGAGACAAUGCAGCAGAAAUACCAGCAGCCGGGGGAGGAGAGCAUCACGCAGGCUGUGGACAAACUUCAGCAGGAGUUUAAGUGUUGUGGCAGUCACAACUUCUCAGACUGGAGAGGCUGUGUGUGGAUCCAGGCAGCAGAGAAUGAGCGGCUCGUUCCUGAUAGCUGCUGUAAAACUCCCAGUGACCUCUGCGGCCGCAGGGACCAUCCCUCCAACAUCUACAAGGUGGAGGGUGGCUGCAUUAUGAAAUUAGAGGAAUUCUUCCUGAGUCAGUUGUAUAUUCUCGGUGCAGUGGCCAUUGGGAUUGCAUUCCUACAGCUUGUGGGGAUGAUGUUUACUUGCUGCCUUUAUCGAAAUUUUAAAGAAGAACUGUACUGAUCUGUUUUUAUAUUCUGUGAUAUCCCAUAAUGUGUUACAUCAUGAAUUGUAUAAUGCAUUGUUAGGUAUUUGAAUGUCCCAGUUAUUUACACAGUUCUGGAUGAUGUGAAGUUCCAAUUCAAUUUAUGACUUUCAAAAUAAACACACUAGAGACACUGUAAUGCUGCUGGUCAGCACCGUUCUUUUCCCGCAAAAUGCCAUUGCAUGUUUUAAGUAUCUUCCCUUUUUUUAAGAUAAUGAUGUGUGGAUGAAAUUGUAGCCAAAUAACAGCAGAGACAUAUGAGCAUGCUGUGGCUACAUUUGCAAUCCCUGUUGGUCUUGUUGUUUAUCUAUUUUUUUCCAUGAAUCACAGUGUGUUCUAAAGAGAUCAUUUAAAAAUGAAUAUAAAAAUAUGUUUUGUUUGUUAAAUUGCAAAUAAAACAAUUAAUUUCACAUUUCA